AUGAGUGACGAACAUCAAUCAACAAAACGAACACGUCUUGACAAUUUCAACUCAACAAUGAGUAGCUUCCCGGCUUCUUCUUCUGGUGCAUUACUCGAAACAUCAAAAGUUUCAAAGAACUAUGUUCCUGCAGAAAUCGGGCAAGAUCUAUUCUUUCCUUCACAUAAGCCGAUAAACGAUAAACCAAUUGGUGAUCUACACAAUGAGACAAAGGUACCUAUAAAAAAAUUGGUGAUUAGGACUUUAAAAGUUAAACCAAAAUUACCUGAUAAUUUUGAAGAGAUUACAUGGGCUAAGCUCCAAGCAGCUAUUCGUGCAAUUCAUAAUUAUCUGCCCGUUAAUGAUAGUCUUGAGGAGCUCUAUAAAGCAUGCGAAAAUCUUUGUCUGCACAAAAUGGCCGACAGACUUUAUUCAAGACUUCAAGAAGAAUGCGAAUCACAUCUUGUAAAAGAAAAAGAAAAACUUGACUGUGAUAACUCUGAUGAUGAGGCUUUCCUUCAAGUGGUUGAUCGAUGUUGGCAAGCACAUUGUGAACAAAUGGGUUUAAUUCGAAGCAUAUUUUUAUACCUUGAUCGUACUUAUGUACUUCAAACUCCUGGAAUUGCUUCGAUAUGGGAUAUGGGGAUCGAAUUAUUUAGAAAACAUAUAAUGUCAUCUAAUGACGUACGACAAAAGACUUUGAAUGGUUUACUUUCGCUGAUCAAACGUGAUAGGGAUGGCGAAGAGGUUAAUAAUCGUCUGCUGCAUUCUUUAAUACAUAUGUAUAUCGACCUUUCUGUCUAUUAUAAUCGGUUUGAAAGUCCAUUUCUACAAGAGACUCGUAAUUAUUAUUAUCAAGAAGGACAUCGACUUGUAACUGAGUACUCCGUGCCAAGAUAUCUUGGACAUGUUAAGUCGCGAUUAUAUAUGGAAUGGGAGCGGGUCAACAACUAUUUAGACAAAAAAACAAGGAGUCCUUUGACGAAAGUUGUUUAUGAUGAAUUGAUCAAAAGACACGUUGAUACUAUUCUGGAGAAAGCUCUUGUCAACGAUCCAAGCCAAGAGCCAGCCAUGGUUACCGAACUCUUAUAUCUUAAGGCUAAAAUGGACGAAAUUGUUUCUGGAGCUUUUCAAGGAAAUAAUACUUUCAACUAUACUGUGAAAGAAAGCUUCGAAAUGUUCAUUAACCAACGUCAGAAUAAACCUGCAGAACUUAUAGCGAAGUACGUAGACCAAACAUUACGGCUUGGAAACAAGAGUAUGGAUGAUACAGACAUUGAAAGGACGUUGAAUGAAGUGCUGGUUCUGUUCAGAUAUAUUCAAGGCAAAGAUAUAUUUGAAGCCUUCUAUAAACGUGAUCUUGCUAAACGUCUUUUACUAAACAAGAGUGCAUCAUUCGAUUAUGAGAAGAGCAUGUUAUCAAAAUUAAGGAAAGAGUGCGGUCCGGCAUUCACAAGUAAACUAGAAGGCAUGUUCAAGGACAUUGAUUUAUCAAAAGAUUUCAUGCAGUCUUUUGAGAAUUCCAAAUCUGGAGAGCUAAUUAAGGAAUACAAAAUUGAUUUAUACGUUAAUGUUUUGACACAGGGAUUCUGGCCUUCAUAUCCUCCAUCACCACUCAACAUACCACCAAAUGUGGUCCAUUGUCAGCAAAUUUUCAGAGAUUUUUAUCUUAGCAAACACAAUGGAAGAAAUUUAAAGUGGCAAAAUUCUUUAGGCCAUUGUAUGUUGGCGGUAGAAUUUCCAAAAGGAAAUAAAGAAUUGGUAGUCAGUUUAUCUCAAGGGGUGGUUCUACUGCUAUUUAACGAUUUGCCACAAGGAGGAAGGCGAACUUACGAUGAAAUAAAGGAAAUGUCUGGAAUGGAACCAAAGGAGUUAAAUCGUACUCUACAAUCCUUGGCCUGUGGUAAAGUUCGAGUUCUUGUAAAGUAUCCGAAAGGACGUGAUAUUUUUAUUACAGAUGAAUUUUCUGUUAAUGAAGAGUUUGAGGCAAAAAUCUUCCGCAUAAAAAUAAAUACUAUACAAUUGAAAGAAACGAAAGAGGAGAACGCGAUGACCACAGAGAGUGUUUUCAUGGAUCGUCAACACCAAAUAGACGCUGGAUUAGUUCGUAUAGCAAAGAUGCGCAAGACUCUUUCUCACAAUGAUUUGGUCACAGAGCUUUUGGGAAUACUGAAAUUUAAACCUCCGAUGUCAGAUAUUAAAAAACGCAUUGAAUCAUUGAUAGAUCGUGAAUAUUUAGAAAGAGAUAAAAGUGAUCCUACAAAAUACAAAUACUUGGCUUAG